AUGGGUGGAGAUUUUAAUGCGAUUUCCUGUUCUACAGAAAGAAUGGGUGGUUCUAGCCCUUCUCUUCGUUCUAUGGACGAUUUUAAUAACAUGAUUUCAACUUGUAAUUUGAUUGACAUUGGUUUUGUUGGUGAUAGUUUUACUUGGAAUAGGGGACAUUUGUGGCAAAGACUCGAUCGUGUGCUUUUUAAUGAUGCUUGGAUUAGUCUUUUUAAUGCCACUAAUGUUCAACAUCUUUCUAGGACUUUAUCGGAUCACUCUCCCUUAUUAAUUACUAUUAAGCGUUCCUCUUAUAAUGCUCCUCCUAAAUUUAGAUUUCAAAAUAUGUGCUUGCUUAAUAAUUCUUUUUUGAACACGGUUAAUAAUAAUUGGAUUGCUCCCCUUCAUCCUGAUAAUGGCGUGAGAGGUAUGGUGAGGUUUUGGUAUAAACUUAAAAGAUUAAAACAAGUUCUAAACUGGUGGAAUAGGAAUGUCUUUAAGAAUAUCUUCUCGAAUAUUCUUCAAGAUGAGAAUCUUGUUAAUUUAACUGAAUCCUCUUAUAGAUCUGAUCCCUCUGUGGUUAACUUAGACCUUCUUAAUAAAUGCAAAGUUGAUUUGAUUAAUUAUCAUAAUCAGGAAGAAGUGUAUUGGAAGCAAAAAGCGGCUGCGAAACAUUUGGGUGAGGGGGAUAGGAACACCAAGUACUUUCAUGCUAUUGUUAAUCGUAAACGUAUUAAAAAUUCCACCAUUAAAAUUCAAAAGAAGGAUGGUCUUUUUACUGACAAUAUUAUGGAGGUGAAAGAUUUAGCUAUUGAGCAUUUUCAAAAUUUGUUUAACAAGAACUUUUCUUCUAUCAUUGAUAUGGAGUUAUCUUUCAUUCAUAAUAUUGUUUCUGCUGAGGAUAAUAAUUUUCUUCCAUGUCCGCCAUCAUUGGAGGAAGUUAAGAAAGUUAUGAUGGAGAGGAAUAGUGACUCGGUGGCGGGUCCUGAUGGUUUUACCACUCUGUUUUUUCAAAAAGCUUGGAACAUUAUUGGUGGUGAUAUGUUUAAUGCGGUUUUGGAUUUUUUUGAUGGUUCUCCUAUGCCUUGA